UUGGUAACAUCGACCAGAAAAGUCAAAUAGUGUUAUUGUCUAUUGAACUCUCUUUUUCUUCCGGUUGUCAAGAUGGGAGUGGACAUCAACCAUAAACACGACAGGAAAGUUAGGCGCACCGAAGUUAAGUCUAAGGAUGUAUACCUUAGGCUUUUGGUUAAGUUGUACAGAUACUUAGCAAGACGUACAAAUGCUAAGUUCAACCAGAUUAUUUUGCGUCGUCUAUUCAUGAGCCGCAUCAAUCGACCACCGAUUUCACUGUCUCGUCUGUCACGUCACAUGAAAAAGCCAACCCGCGAGGGUCUGAUUGCGGUGGUGGUUGGUACAAUCACCAAUGAUGUGCGCCUCUACAAGGUCCCCAAGCUAACAGUAGCUGCACUACACGUUACUGAAAAGGCUCGUGCUCGUAUCUUGGCUGCUGGAGGAGAAAUCCUUACUUUCGAUCAGCUGGCUCUCCGUGCGCCGACUGGCCGCAAGACGGUGCUGAUCCAGGGUCGCAGAAACGCUCGCGAGGCGGUGCGUCACUUCGGGCCCGCGCCUGGAGCUCCACGCUCGCACACGAAGCCCUACGUGCGCACCAAGGGCCACGAGCGCGCACGGCCGAGCCGUCGCUCCAACGUUUAAUCAUUUUAAUAUAAGGAGUACUAUCUA